AUGUUCGCUGCAGCACGUCGUGGCACCAUUGUUCGUGGAGCCUUCACCAGGAGGGUUAUUGCUCCCCAAGCGGCUGGAUUGGCUCUUAGACACAUCCGAGGCUUAAACUCUUCAACAACACUCCUUGUCAACGACAACUCCUCCCUCGCCACCUCUUCAUCCUCCUCGUCCUCCGUAUCUACCUCAGGAGCCGGAUCGGCAGGCCAAGGGUUAGGUGUCCAGGGAAGCCAGCCCGAGAAGCGUAUCCGACGAUCCAUUUUCUAUGUUCCAGGAAGUGACGAGCGCAAAUUGAAGUCUUCAUUAUCAUUGGGAGCCGACUGCCUUGUAUACGAUCUUGAGGAUGGUGUCGCAUUCAACCGCAAGAACAUUGCUCGUGAGAUGGUCUUUGAUGCUUUGGAGGCCUCGGAGCACCGCAAGGCCGAGAAGGCCGUCAGGAUCAACGCUGUCGGAUCUGGACUCGAGUUUGAUGAUUUGAACGUCGUUCUCCGUUCCAGCAGACUGCAGGCGAUUGUGAUUCCCAAGGUGCAGUCAGCCAAGGAUGUCCAGUUUGUCAGUCAAAUGGUUGACAGCGUCGCGCCCUUCAUCACUCGCAAGAAUGUCAGAAUUAUCGCCUCCAUUGAGAGUGCUUUGGGUGUCAUGAACCUGAAAGAGAUUGCUACCGCCGACCCUCGUGUCGAUGCUCUGGUGUUUGCUGCGGAGGAUUACUGCGCGGAUUUGGGAUUGACAAGGACCCGUGAGGGGACCGAGAUGCUCUACGGUCGCCAGGCCAUCGUCACAGCCGCCCACGCUUACGGUCUCCAAGCCAUUGACCUCGUGUGCAUGGAUUACAAGAACGACGAUAUUUUGAGGGAAGAGUGUGAGUUUGGACGCAGGAUGGGUUUCUUGGGCAAGCAGGCCGUUCACCCUCGCCAGCUCGAGAUCAUUCAACGCUGCUUCUUGCCCACAGACCAAGAAAUCGCAAGAGCUGCGGAUAUUAGCGAGGGGUACCAGGAGCACUCUAAGCGUGGCGUCGGAGCAUUCAACUACAACGGCAAAGUGAUCGACUUGCCGGUGGUGAAGUGGGCAGAAAAGAUUCUCAGCAGAGCACAUCAAGGCGGAGUGCCGAUCCCUAACGCCGAUGAACGGCAAAAGAUCUUGCAGGCUGGUAGCACUCCUGCUGUUACCGCUGGUGCUGGUACUGGAUCUGCAGCAUCAACGACGACGACUGUUGCCGUAAACAGUGGCAAAGGCGAUAAUUCUACCACUGCUGCAUAA